AUGGCCCAGGACUCACAGACCACAGCUGAUCUCGGCCCGGCCCUCGUAAGGGGCAUCUGGGCCGCAGUGAUCAUCGCAGUGAUUAUCGUCAUUCUGCGAGUGUUUGCGAAGAUCAAAAUUCGCCAGUUUCGGGUCGACGAUGUUUUGAUGAUCGUUGCAAUGAUUCUGGCCGUCAUCUCCACCGUCUUCCUGACCCUUUGCGUGCAACAUGGCUUUGGCAAGAAUCUGAAAAUCCUCGAGCUGGAACAACCGCACGAAGUGGAAGUCGUGCUGAAGUACAUCGCCAUUCAGGUGCCGAUCGUGACCAUUAGCACCACCAUUGCCCGCUGCUCCUUCAUCCUCUACCUCCUGGCCAUUCUCGGAAACAAUAAAAACUACCAGCUUGCGCUAUGGGUGGUGAUGGUGCUCCAGUUUGCCGGCAAUAUCGUCUCGGCCGUGUUGCCUCUGAGCAUCUGUCGCAAUGUGAACAUUCUCUGGGAUCCCACGACGAAAACCACCUGUGGGGAUGUCACCGCCGUCAUCAAGUUCGCCUACUACUCGAACAGCGCAAACUCGGCCUGUGACCUGUUUCUGGCCGUGUUUCCCACCCUCAUUUUCUGGAAUCUCAACCUGAAGCUGCGCAUCAAGAUCAGUUUGAUCAUUCUCCUCAGUCUGGGCAUUGUGGCCAUGAUCGCCUCCAUCAUCAAAACCACCAAGCUGGACUCCGUUCCCAGUGUCACCAACCUCGGCGUCAGCGGUGGCGUCGAGCUCAUCCGCUGGGGCUACGUCGAGAACGCAAUCAUUAUCAUCACCUCCUCCGUUCCCUGUAUUCGCCCGCUGAUCAUCUCCUCCGUCCGCAAGUUCUCCAGCCGCGGCUACUCGCGCUCCUACGAGCUCACGGGGCCGGCGACCGCUCAGCGGCGCACGGGACACGACGAGACGGCGCAAACCCGUCGGACGCGUCGCUUCACCAAGAAUGCUACCGUCGAUACAGGCAGCAUUGAGCGCAUCCUGGAUCCUACCAACCAUACCAAUACGACCGUCAGUGGUCGCCGAGAUUCGCCGACUCAUCUCGACCAGGGGAUUACGAAGCAGGUGGAAAUUUCGGUUAUUUCGAAUGAUCAGUCUCAUUUGCUGCAGUUGACCAUCACGAUGUACCAGCACAAUGCAAUCGGCCUCACCCUGGCCAGCCUUUUACUGCUCGGCCCUCAUUCAAUAGCAGCGAGCAAAUCGACACUAGGUCAAACCCCGCAAAUGGGCUGGAAUUCAUGGAACACUUUCAAAUCCAACAUCAAUGCUUCUGUGGCCGAGAACACCGUUCAAUGGUUCCAGACCCUCGGCCUCAAAGACGCUGGCUACGAGUACAUUCUCCUGGACGAGGGAUGGUCAGACUACUCGCGCACCGCGGACGGAUACCUCCAGCCCAACUUGACCUCAUUCCCAGACGGGAUCAAGACGCUUGUAGAUGAUAUCCACGCCAAGGGUCUGAAAAUUGGUCUCUAUGGUGACAGCGGAAUCUUAACCUGCGGCUUUCGGCCUGGGAGCUGGGGCUACGAGGAACGCGAUGCGCAGACGCUCGCCAGCUGGGGGGCCAUGACGGAGCCUCCACAAGUGCGCUUUGGCGUGAUGCAAAAGGCGCUGGAAUUAGCAGGCCGAGAGAUCCUCUACUCGGUGUGCGAGUGGGGAUACCAGUUUCCCUGGCAUUGGGGAGGGAAAAUCUGUCAUUCCUAUCGCAUGUCUGGCGACAUCACCGCCAAAUUUACCAACGAGACCGGCUGUGCAUGCAAGACGGCCUACUGCCUCAACACCGGGUAUGCAGGCUGCUCGGUGCUGAGCAUCAUCCGCAAGAUGCGCGAGAUCAGCCAGUACCAAACACAGGGGCAUUGGCUGGACAUGGAUAUGCUGGAGAUCGGCAACGGCGACAUGACCCUGUCCCAGCAGCAGACCCAUUUUGCUUUUGGGGCGGCGCUCAAGUCGCCUCUGAUAAUUGGGGCGGAUCUGUCCAAGCUGUCGAAUGACAGCUUGGCUGUUCUCAAAAACAGGGAUAUUAUCGCCGUCAACCAGGACUCUCUGGGCCGGCCGGUGCAUUAUAUCGAGGCUGCCAGUGAAGAAGGAUCAUGGCAGGGUUGGGCUGGCCAAGUGCGAGGCGGAUACGUAGUUCUUUUGUUGACUGAGAAGAGUUAUCCCCAGGAUCUGUCUCUGGGAAAGGUUGAGGGUUACAAGGGCGUGCUGCAGAGUGUAGCCUUAUCAGACGCUGAUGUUUAG